GCUUAUCAGCAAUAAGGUGGAAAUGGUAGCAGCAACUUCAUUAUAGAGUACAUUUUAUUGGCAGUUCCAGAAAGUGCAAAAGAUUCAUCUCAUUUGACCUGAAGAUGUCCCUUUAAUGCUACAUAACCCUGCUAAGCUGCAGGUCAUCUUUGCACUUCCUCUUUCUGUUAAGGACUUCUAUCUGCUGUUGCUGCAGAGUUUAACGGAGAGAGGCACACCCUGUCCUCAUACACAAGACCACAGGCUCAGGGUUAGAUUGGUGCCAACCAGGAUGGACAGGGACCGUCUGCUGCAGCUACGCAUCUUUGACCUCAAUUGCUGGGGUAUUCGAUACCUGAGCAAAUUACAGCAGGAACGCAUUGAACUGAUUGGUGAUGUCCUCAGCCAGGAGGGAUUUGAUUUGGCACUCUUACAAGAGGUAUGGAGUGAGAAGGACUAUUGGGGGCUGAAAAAGAAACUAUGUGCCCGUUACCCUUCUUCCCACUACUUCAAAAGUGGGGUGAUUGGCAGCGGGCUCUGUAUCUUCUCCAAACACCAAAUCCUGGACACCUUCCUGUACCAGUAUUCUGUGAAUGGCUAUCCGUACAUGUUCCAGCAUGGAGACUGGUUUGGUGGCAAAUCUGUGGGGCUGGUAGUACUAAAGAUCCAGGGCAUUGUUUUCAAUGUCUAUGUCACCCAUCUCCAUGCAGAGUACUGUCGAGAGAAGGAUGCUUAUCUGUCCCAUCGUGUAGUUCAAGCUUGGGAACUCGGCCAGUUUAUACAGCAUACAUCAAAAGGGGCUGAUGUAGUGCUGCUGGGUGGGGAUCUGAAUAUGCAUUCAGAGGAUGUUGGUGUUCGGCUCCUGCGAGGAUGGGCAGGGCUCCGGGAUUCCUUCAUUGCUGCUGAGAAGGUGGUGGGUUGUGAGGAUGGCUCUACUCUGUUGCCUGCCAACCGCUUCACAAGCAAGAAGGAACUAAAGUGUUAUCCUCAAGGGAUUCGUAUUGACUACAUUCUUUAUAAGACUAUGUCUCAGUAUGAAGUCAGAUGCAAUAGCCAUGAGACCACCACAGGAACAACUCCCACUAAAGACAUUCCUUAUUCUGACCAUGAAGCUGUCAUGGUCACUCUGUCUGUGGCUAGAAAACCACCACAGGAAGAGCUAAAUCAUCCCACAAUUGAGCCAGUGCUGGUGGACAUCUUAAAUGAAGCCCGGAUGGAGGUGCGAGUGGGGCUACACUCAGCUGAGCGCCAGCAGUACUCUUGUGGCCGCAUGGCCGUCCUCGCUGUUCUGCUGCUGCUCAUGCAAGGAGCCAUGGGCCUCAGUUCUAUGUUUGGUGGAGCCCUCCAGCAGCCCUUCCCCAAGUUCUCCUUCUCCCUGCUCAGCCUGCUGGCCGUGCUGGUGUUGCUUCUCUCGACUGGACUCUACCUCUUCCAUACCAUUGAAGUGAAGGUGCUGCAGGGGACAGAGGACCAAAUGCGCCUGGCCCUCCAGACACUCCAGGACAAGAUAAGCUCUGGCUAAAACCUUGGGUAUCUCCAGCUGUUGUAAUCAGGGACCAAGAGGCUUUCUGGUGGGUGUGAGGGGGAGCUUCCUGUUCUUCCUGUGCUGCUUCCUUCUGAAGCGAGAGCGGGUACAAGUGCAGCCCACAGGGCACCUGGGGUCUGCACGGGGGGGCAGUCUUGUGCAUGUGACACCCCCAAGGCUAUCCCUUCUCCUCAACAUUUUUCCAGUAUUUUUGAUAAAACAGGUUUUUUAAAAACUAAAAACAUGAAAUCCCUCUUGUUCCUGUUGGUCAUGUGGGAACAGUUUCACCACAUUGUUGACUCCCUAGGAGCAGUUUUAGGCUUGAGUUUGUGUGUGUGGCUUCUAAUUUUGGGCCUAAGAGGACCUCUUCCGGGCCAAAGAGAUUAAAGAAGACCUGGCAAAAUUGCCCCCAUGCCUACAAGAAGGCCUGAAAGAGUUUUUUUAAAUAAUUUGUUUAGUUCUGGGUAGGUCUCUGGGUAGCUCAGGGACUCCAGGAUAUUUCGUAUUCCUGUUCUGAGAGUGAGGCAUUUUUAAUGUGGUUAGUAAUAAUUAGCAUUUGAUAGUCUAAAGAUUUUAUAGCUGACAUUUACGACAAUACAAUUUUGUAUGAAUGGGUCUCUCUGUUCAAAAUUCCUUUUCUGUGAGGCCAACUACAUAGAAAAGGAAUUUUUAAACUAAAAUGACAUGUCAGUUAACUUGCAGCUAUUUCAAAAAAGCUAUUUGUUAAAGGAAAAAACAACUACCGGUACAUUGUUCUAACAGCAUAAAAUGCAAGCUGCCUCAGGUUUUGUACUGUAAAGCUUGUAAAUUAAAACAACUAGUUGUAUUCAAUUUUUUUCUUGGAAUAGAACCAGAAUAAAUCUGUUUCCAGGGGUAACUGAGCAGAAGGCAGCAUUUGCUGAUAAAAUCCUGUCCUUGACCACAUUAA